UUUACAAAACAUAUCAAUAUAAGUAAGAUUUUUUUAAAUGAAUACGAAACUAAUAAUUAAAGGGGAAAAAAUUGAUAUUCUAUUCAUUUAUUAGUUGCUCAUUCAAAAUAAAGAUCAUAAGAAAUUUUAAGAAUUUUCAUAAAGAAAAAUGAGCAAUAACGAUUUAUGGAUCCGCGAUGUAAUUACGAAUUAUGGAUUGUUAUUAUUUUUCGUCAUUCUUAUUGGAAUUUUAAUAUCGCGAAAAUGGUUGAAUUUGCAAAAACGUAUUUACAAAGCUUAUUUAACGGGAUUUGAAGUGGAAUGCGCAGAACUCAUGACACCUUACAAGAAACAUUUAUUCAAAUCAUUACAACACGUUAUUUCGAGUGACAAAGUAUUACAAUCCAUGAACUGCAUACGUCUUCUUGAGAUUGGCGUUAAAACGGGUGAAAAUAUACAAUUUUAUCCAGAAAAUACACACUUAAUUGGUGUUGAUCGAAAUUUGAAAUUAGCUGAAUAUUUAAUAAAAAGUAAUCGUUCUUGGCAAUUUUCUCAUAUCAUUAUUGAAUAUCUAAUAAUCGGAGAUGGUAGCUCUUUGAAAGAAAUACCUACUGGAUAUAUAGACGUAGUUGUGACCACAAGAUCGUUAUGUUCAGUAACAUCGUUGCAAUCAACGCUUCGAGAAAUUCACAGAGUAUUGGCAUCGGGUGGUCAAUAUUUAUUCAUAGAGCAUAUACCUGAAAAUGAAGGAAUUUUUAUACGAUGGUUACAAAAAGUAUUAUCACAAACAAAAAUAUGGCCAUUAUUUUUUGGUGGUUGUCAUUUAAAUGUUGAUCCUAUUAUGCAUAUUAAAAAUGCUGGCUUUGAUCAGAUUACAUGGAAUACAUUUACUCUUGAAGGUUACGUAUCUCAAUUUUUUCAUUUAAUUCUUUCAAAACAACAUAUAUUGGGUGUAGCAAUUCGAUAAUUCUAUUUAAGAAAAUAAAAUUUUAUCCUAAAAUAUUUUAUUACUUUUCCAAUAAAAUUUCCAAUAAAU